GGUCUUGAAAGAAAAUGGAGGACAGAAUCGCACAAGAGUUGGAACAAGUCACACAAAUUGUGUUGGCUCCCCCAAACAUUGUGACGCCAGAAGAACGCCAUGCAGCAGAAAAUGUUAUUCUGGACUUUAGGAAGACAAAGAUGCCGUACAAACUAUGCAGACACAUUCUUGAAAACAGCAAGUGUGACUAUGUGCUGUUCCAAGCAGCUACUACCAUUAAGGAGGCUGUCAUUAGAGAAUGGUCCAUUCUCAGCUCAGAAGAUGUCGAGUCCUUACGCUCAUUCUUAUUGAGGUUCAUCACUCAAAAUAUAACGAUCCAGAGCUACGUCAGGGAGCAGAUCCUGCAGACUGUGGCUGUGAUACUCAAGCGAGGAACUCUUGAAGACUUAAAGGGUGCCAGCAGGAACAGUCUCUUCCAGGAUGUCACUCAGCUUGUCAGUAGUGGCAACGUCACCAUGCAACUGGUAGCUUGCUCCAUGCUGACAGCCUUGCUGAAUGAGUACUCCAGCUCCAGCAGAACUAGCAGCGUGGGAUUUACCUGGGAGUUUCACACUCGUUGCAAGCGGGCAUUUGAGGAGUCAGAUCUAAAGAGGGUACUGCUCUUUGCACUACAAGUACUGAAUGAGUUAGAAAAACAGGCAAGUCCUCUCCCUCGAGAGGCCAUGGCUGUCCUCAACCGAAUGUUAUCCAUCUCGGAGCAAGUUCUCUGCUGGGAGUUUGUACCCAAAGCUGCCAGAAGACAUGUUGGAUCUUUUGAGAUGAAUCAGAACAUUCCAUUAAAGCCUAAUGAAAAGUGGCGAGAUACAUUAAUGGACAAGACAGUAUUAAUUCUGUUCUUUAAGAUCCACAGGAAAGUGAGACACAAUUCAGAGAUGGCCCACCACUCAACGCAGUGUCUGACACAGCUUGCCUCACUCAACGGGUAUAUCUUUGUUGAUGAUAAAGCACGAUGUGAAUACCUAGCUACUUUUAUAGAUGGAUUUUUACAACUAAUCACAAGCAUUGACCUCCAGGACUAUGAAAACCUCGGUGUAGCCACAAUCUACAAAAACCUGGUGAUGCAGUUCCCAAUGGCCUCUAUGUUGGCUUUGCCACAGGAAAUGUUUGACCAGUUUUUGGAGCAGCUGACUAGACUAACCUGCACUAUGGGUCAAGGGGCAGCUCUAGAGGAGGCAUACCACAAAGAUGACACUAUCCACAUGGAGGCUUAUGAGAAGAUGCUGGAGACCUGGAUGGAGCUUAUCUCCAAAAUGAAGGAUGUUUCCCUGGACAAAUUAAAACCACAGACACAACAAGUGUUCAACUCCUAUAUACAGUGUCACAUUAGUGCCCCUGACGGUACCAGGACACAGGAAGGAAGGGAUUCUGUGUCAGAAGAAGAUGAGAUUGACAGUGUAGAAGAAGAUGAUCGUGAAAGGUUCUCGGACCAGCUCUGUAGUAUUGGUGUAUUUGGGCGGAUGGUAGCAGGACACAGCAUCCCCAGUCUCUGUCGGUUGCUGGAGGAUCGAGUUGCUAGGCUACAUGGUCAACUACAGAGACUACAGCAUCAGCAGCAUUCAAUGUCACAUACACAACCCCCUCCUAUGGACCCUCACCUCACCAUGUUGUAUGAGGAUAUACACUGGAUCCUCUUAGUCACCACCUAUGUGUUAACAGAGGAAUCCGAGGGAGAGACUCCUAUGAUACCAUCUGACAUCAUGGAGUAUUCCAUUAGCCAGUCAAAGACCGUAGACAUCCCUACAACACUCAAGGUCCUCGCAUCCCCAGGGGAGAGGGCAGACAGCAUUCCAAGGGCAGACCUAAACACAGACUCUGUUGUCCGGUUGGUCUCCUCAGUAUUACGCCUCUGUGAGGUGGAGAAGCGUGCACUACAAGCCAAGAUGGCAGGCUCUCUCAGUCCACAGGUUAGCGCCAGUAUCAUGUGGUUUCUACGGCGAUGGUCACUGUGCUACCUGCUGCCAGACGAGAACUACUACUCACAGGUGAGCCCGGCCAUUUUAUCUGCGUUUGGACGCGACUCAGAAGGUGCUCAGUGGACGAUACAGUUCCUCCUAGAGAAGAUCCUCAGUAACUUGUCCUGUUGGUUUGGGGAGGACGGCAUACUAGAGGAUACAUUGUCUCUCCUCAACUCUUUUGUAGACAACAGAUUCAGAGCUGGAUAUGUAACAAAAUGCAAUUUAUGGUGGACGUUAGCCAAGCAGGAAGCCGAGCACAAGCCUCCUCUGAGUCUGCUGCCAUUCUCCUGUAAGCGAAUGCUACUCCGGUCCCUGGUACAGGCAGGUUCAGGGGUCGAGGAGAGUUGGAAGGAACAGUACUGGGCCUGUGUGCUAACUUCCAUACAUACAAGGUUUUACGAGACAGUAUGCCAUGAAAAUUUUGCCAAGAUGUCAUAUGUGUCCAAUAUGAAGGAUAGAAUUAUAGACCUGCUGGAGUGUCUGUGUGGUAUUGCUCAGGGCACACGCAUUGACAACAUGGAACGUAUCUUCACCUUCUUCCAUCCUCUCAUGGCAGACUCUGUGAAACUUCUAGAUGUGUAUCACGGUUAUGAAGAUGUUGUCCAGCUGGUGAUUAAGUUUUUCUCCGAGGCCGUGCAGGCAAUGCUUUGCUAUUUGGGUGAGAGAGAUUCCAAGAAAAUGUAUGAACUUUGCCUGUCAUUGACACAGACAUAUUCAAAGCACAAUAUUGGUAAGCGUGUAUCUAAUGCCAGUGAAGAGGAGGAGGAUCGGUACAAUGACAUCAUGUUGGUGAUGGAGAUGCUAACCAACCUUUUGUCCAAGGACUUCAUUGACUUCAGUGACCCAGAUGAUGAUUGCGUGCCCGGAGACAAGGUGGAAGCAUCAGAUGUGGCUCUAUAUGGACUUAACACUGUGAUACCCCUGAUGAACGCCGACUUGCUCAAGUACCCAACCCUGUGUUCUCAGUACUUCAAACUGGUAGCAUUCCUUGCUGAGCUACACCCAGAGAAGUUUGCAAGUAUUCCAGAAGAUAUGUUCAAAAACCUGGUGGCAUCUGUCGACCUGGGAUUUUCAUCGUAUCCUUUACUUAUGUUAACAUUCAAUAGUCAGUGUGAGAGAGACAAGAACAUGUGUCACUUCCUCAAGUCUGUGUUCAAUAUGCUGUUUUUGGAGACAUUUAACAUGGACCUAUUAGAGACUGCCAGUACAGGACUUUUCUGUCUCAUAUGUUGUCACCAGGAGCAGUACAGAGAGUUAGUGAACCAGUUACUCCAGACCCAAUCAGAUCCCACCUACAAGCAGCGCCUCCUGGAGGCCUUCAACAACCUUACUCCACCCACGCUUACCAUGAGCAUCAACCGCCAGAGCAAGAUUGCGUUCAUGCAUAACUUUGAUCAAUUUCUCACCAAUGUGCGAGGAUUUCUAUGUGUCAAAUAGUGUAGGUCUAAAUAUGACAGAUUUUCUUUGUGUCAAAUAGUGUAUGAAUAUGACAGUUUUUAUAUGUGUCAAACAAUGUAGGUCUAAAUGUGUUGGUAUCUCUGAGGUACAACAGUGGGGAUAUACGUAUAUGUUGGGACAAAGUCUAAUAAUUAUUUUGAUAGAAUCAGAGGUAAAAACUGUUAUUUUCCAAGGUCAUGACCUGUGAACUGAUUGACAAGUCAUAGAUGUAUAUAUUGAAAUCAGAAGUAUUACAGGUCUAUAGACCCUUCACUGAUGGAAAUAAACAAUCUGUAUCAGUUGUGUGUGUUCCACUUGUUAUGGACUUCAAAUUUCUGCCAAGGGAUAUUGGGAGACAUUGAAAAGGGACAUUACUUUGUUUGCAUGACACAAUGUACUUAAGAUGUAGGAAGAGUUUCAUAAGUGAUUUAUAUUCCAUGACAUGGAGAUGACAAUUCUCUUACACUGAUUAUACAACUCUCUCAUUCAGUAUAUCUUCCUAACCGAAGAGUAAACAAGAUGAAAGAUUGAAAUGAAGUUCAGUGUUGCCUGUAUGGAACAGUGUUCUCGUCCGUUUCCCUGGUAGACGUGCCAAUGAUGACUGGUAACUGGUAACUAGUAACAGCCAUCAGUAGAUACAUACUGUGCUCUGUGUGUAUUUGUAUACACACUCAACUUAAAGCAUGGUGCCACCUAUUUGGUGGUAUACUUUACCAUAUAAUUUGUGUGUUAUGUACUAGAACAUCUUGCUGUCAAAUUUCGGUCAUUGCAACUGUGUUUAAGAAUUGCAGGAAAUGAACAUCAAGGGUAUUUCUGAGAACCAGAUUUUUUUGGUUGAAAAUACUAUGUCAGAUGUGUAUUGAGAUUCAUCUACUCUUGAUUACAUAAAACCCAGGAUAGGGAGCAGUACCAUUGUAUUACAAGUAUAAAAUAUAGUUCAUUUUUCAGAGUAAAACUGAUUCAAGGUUGUUUUUCAUACUUUGACCUAUAGAUGUGUGAAAGACACAGGCAAAUUCGAGUACAUGUAUCAGUAAAGUUGUUACAGCAUGUAGUUACACUUAUAUAUCAGCGAACGAUUGGGGGGACAAUAUAAAGUAUUUCCUAGUGAACUGUUUCCUAUGUGAUAUGUAUGUAAGUUAUAAUUUUAAUGUCAAAGCUUUAAAAGAUUGAGAGGUUUACUGAAGUCAUACAAUACAAAAAUGAAAACACAACUCUGUAAGAAACUCUUAUUUCAUGGUACAUCGUAUUAUUGUCAGAAAAUAGUUAUCUUGACAUCACAAUGGCUUGACGUGUCAUACGCGCCUGAAUUUGGUGAUUUAUAAAAAUAGUGAAUGUAUGAGUAUAUCUUAGAGAUUACCCUUCUGCACAUAGUCUGCAAUGUCUAUCUCCUUUCAAAACUUUUUUUUAUGGCUAGAGGUUGUUUAUCACGGCCCUAUCAUAGUAAUUGUAAAAGGAGAUAGGUAUUUCAGACUGCUCUGUACCUGGGAUUUACUAUUGUGAAUAAAAACAAAACCAUCAUAACUACUACUAACACUCCUAGAGGGACACUUAUCAGGCUGAGGGCAGGUUCAUGUGGUAUGUUUCAAAGCUUAUAGAUGCACAAAUGUCGGGCAGCUACAUUCCUUUCCCAAAAUGCUCCUAAUCAGGUUAGCACUUAAGCACAAGUUAGCUUUAGUGAUGUGUCAUAUAUAAUACUGGAUGUUUGUAUGACACUGUAGAUGAUGUAUGAAAAAUUAGGUUGUAUUUUGUAUGUCAGUACUUGACAAUGAGAUCAAAAUACUCUUAAAUUAACAGAUGACAUUACUGUAAUUUGUUUCGUAUAACUUCCUUGUAUAUACAGGAUGCUGUAAUAUUUAUUUGACUUCCUUGUGUAUACAGGAUGCUGUAAUAUUUAUUUGACUCCCAUGUUUUGUUGUUUGUGUUACUGUUAAUGUUAAUAUUAAUGUAAGGCGGGUCUCCAGUACUGAGGAGUACAUUGGUUGGAUCAUGUAUUUUAUCAAUGUUAAAUGAACUCAUAAGUUUUAAAGAGUUAUCAGCAGGAUCAUGUAACCAGUACUUUUUUAAUGAAACUCCUGAUUUUGAACAGAAUUGGUGGGAUCAUGCAAUUGUUCAGUGUUUAGUGAACUCUGGUAUUGACGUGAACUCUUGGUUUUGAAAGUAAUUGGCGGUAUAAUGUAUUCUGUGGUUCCAAGAGGGAACUACAGGUUUUGAAGAGUAAAUGGUGAAUUGGUUGUACAAGGUUUAACGUCCCCUUCAAACCCUGUAAAACCAACCCACCAUUUUACUCUUCAAAGUGGCAAGAUUACGUAAUCUGCUUUCUUUGAAUUAGCUCUGGGAUUGGGGAGCAAUUAAAUGGAUCAUAUAUUCUCUAGUUGGUGAACUCUGGGAUUUGAAAUGGUUGUUGAGUGUAUGUCUCAGUGUGGUGAUUGUGGACGAGUGAGUAGCCUGUGACAUCAGAUUGUGGAUGAGUGAGUAGCCUGUGACAUCAGAUUGUGAACUAGUGAGUAGCAUGUGACAUCAGAUUGUGAACUAGUGAGUAGCCUGCGACAUCAGAUUGUGAACUAGUGAGUAGCCUGUGACAUCAGA